GUCAGUGUUGACAUUGGAUUAUUUAUGCAAUGUCAAGAGGUCAUUUUAUAACAGCUGCAAGCCUUUGUGGAGCAUCUAUGGGAAUUGGUUUAUUCUUUGGUACCAAAUAUGAAAAGCUGAAGAAGGAAAAUAAAGAUCACCAAACUCAUUUAUUACCACAGACCGACACCAAAGCAUUUUUCGUUCCGUCAGUUUUUGCCUCAUCGUCUAUUCCAGCCACUACAGGUAUGCCUGCAGCUUUUCCACAAUCGCAGCCUGUAAAUCGCGUUUCAGAAAUCAUGAAGUUUGGCUUUCCUAGUCUGGAUCAAGUCCGAUCUUUUGACAAUUUUGUUCUGUCCUAUGAUAGAAGGAAUCGGAAUGCUCAGUGGGUAUUUGAACACAUCAAACCAGAACAUGUUAUGAAGAAUGAAAACAUAAAGAGAGGUAAAUCAGAAUUUAUGGAAGACAACAUCAUACACAAAUUCUUCCGGGCUACAAAUAGUGACUUCAAAAACAGUGGCUACGACAGGGGGCAUCUUGCAGCGGCAGCUAACCAUCGCCACGCGCAGAAAGCUAUGGACCAGACUUUUACUCUCAGCAAUGUAUCCCCACAGGUUGGAGAUGGGUUCAAUAGAGAUGCCUGGAAUGAUUUAGAAAAAUACGUUAGAGCGAAAGCCAGACAAAACAGGAAUUUAUACUGUUGUACAGGACCCCUCUAUCUACCAAGACGAGAAAAGGAUGGCAAAGUGUAUGUAAAGUAUGAAGUAAUUGGUAAAAAUAACGUUGCCGUUCCAACACAUUUCUUCAAGGUUUUGUUGAUAGAAAAUAAUCAGGGACAGUAUGAACUUAUGCCAUUUGUAUUGCCGAACCAACCGUUACCAAAAGAUGUUAAAUUGAAGAAAUAUCUAGUACCUCUAGAAUCGAUAGAAAGGGCAGCAGGAUUUUUAUUAUUUGAUAAGAUUCCAAGAAAAAAUAUUAAAAUGAUAAGUGGUUGAACCAUAUGCUGAUUCCAUGUGAAUAGACUCAUUUUAAUAAAGUUGAAAGUCAUUACACGAAGAGAAGCUUUUGCUUAUUAACGGAAAAGUAAUAUUUUGUUAUGUUAUCAAAAAUACUGAAGCAAAUUGUAGUGAUUGAUCAAAUGUAAUAUAAGUAUUUUAUAGAACUUUUAUUUACACAAUAAUAUAUACUACUGGUGCAAAUUCAUAUCAGAGAUUUACAAAUAUAUAUAACAGAGAUGGUAUUAAAGUUUUCUAAAUCUAUUUUUUUAUUUUUCUAAUACUGACACAACAUAAUAUGGAACCUCAUAUCUAUAAUACAGACGAAAAUUCAAAAUGUAUCAUAUCGUUUAUGUAGUCCGAUUUCUUUGGACCAAACAAGGACCAAAGUCUGAUAACUCGGUUUAUCAAGGGUGAAUAUUUCUAUACAUACCAAACAAAAUCUCAAACAACAUGACAUGUAAAAAUUAAAAAUGAUUACUUACUAUUGAAAUUAAGGAAUAUUUUUUCGAUUUCUUAGCUGCAUAACUGUACAAAUUCAAACUGUUCAAUAAUUAUUUGUAAUUGACGUUUGAUAUGAUUUUUAUCUCAUACUCAUUUUCAAACGCAUUUAUUCAUAUUUGUUAUGUUCCAAUUUGUAAUAAAAGUAAUUGUUAUGCCGCAAUAAAUAUUCAUUUGAGAGUAUAUGUUGCAUGUUUACUCUAUGCUAUCCUCGUUUAAAAAGUACAAAUUCGGCAAUUAAGCAAUGUUCAGUAUUUUAGAUACACAAUACACAAAAAGCAUAACACUUCAUAAUACUUAAAAAUCUAAUUAGUCAAAUGCGUUUUUAACGAAUAUCUUUUUUGUUAAAUUCGAAAUCACAAAAUAGU